CUUCCGGGCAUGCGCUCGACGAAGCGCUGAGAACUACCUGCUUCUGCAUUGGAGAUGUCUGUAUCUGGCGUUUCAAGAAGGCUUAAGAUGUGGGAUUGAUUGAAGCAUACCUUGAAACAGUCAAAUUGCAUUGGUGUUUAAAAUGGAAGAGGAUGCAGAUUUUAAAAUUAGGUUUGGUUCUUUGUGUUUCAUCACCGAUCAUGUUGGAUUUCAUGGCACUGUAAAAAGCUCACCAAGUGACUUUGUUGUUACUGAGAUUGAUGAUCACGGACAAUUAGUAUAUAAGGAAACUGAUAAACCUGGUUAUGAGAUUAAUAAAGUAUUAAUUGAGCCAAAUGUUUUAGCCAAAAAAAGAAAACAAGAUCUUCAAAAUUUAUGCUUUGAAAAGAGAAACAACCAAAAAGUUAGUCCUUUGACUAAGUGCUCUGAUGGUAACCAAAAUCAUCAUUCUGGGUCCGAAAAAGAAGAUGCUCUCAAUGACAGAGCUCCCAAAGAUGAAGAAAAGGUUGAUGUACUAAGCUCCUUGUUAAAUGAAAAAACUAAUGAGUUACUGAAUCAGUUUGCGUGUGAAAUAAAAGAGAACUGGAAUUCUAAAACUGAGCUAAUUGAACAACCUCCUGAAUUCUCACUAGGCAGAAUUCUUGACAAAAAUCAGAGGGCUAGUUUGCAUAGUGCUGUUAGGCAGAGAUUUCCUUUUUUAAUUACUGUAGGAAGAAAUAGUGAAAUUUUUGUAAAACCAAAUCUUGAUUGUAAAGAAUUUUGUCAUUUGGUAUCUGAAGAAGAAGCAUUUGACUUUUUUAAAUAUUUGGAUGCAAAGAAAGAAAAUUCUAAAUUUACCUUUAAACCUGAUGCAAACAAAGACCAUAGAAAAGCCAUCCACCAUUUUGUCAACAAAAAGUUUGGGAAUCUUGUGGAAACCAAAUCUUUUCCUGAACUGAAUUCUAAUGCCAGUAAUCCAAAUGCAGUGAUAACAGUAAGGUUUCGUGAAAAAGCACACAAGUACAGAAAAAGGUCUCUUCUUCAGUCUCAAGAAAGAAAAGUUGAAUACACAGCAUUUACCCUACGAAAGGAAAAUCUGGAAAUGUUUGAAGCAGUUGGUAUUUUAGCUGUCAAACUUGGUGUGAUUCCUUCAGAUUUUAGUUAUGCGGGCCUUAAAGACAAGAAAGCCAUCACCUAUCAAGCAAUGGUUGUUAGAAAAGUAACUCCAGAGAGGUUUAAGAAUAUAGAAAAAGAAAUUGAGAAGAAGAGAAUGAAUGUGUUUAACAUUCGGUCUGUGGAUGGUGCCCUUAGACUUGGUCAGCUCAAAGGAAAUCACUUUGAUAUUGUCAUCAGAAAUUUAAGAAGCCAAAUAAACGAUUCUGUAGACUUGAGAGAAAGAAUUUUGGAGGGCAUAGAAAAUGUUAAGGCUAAAGGGUUUGUGAAUUACUACGGACCUCAGAGAUUCGGGAUGGGAAGGAAAGUUCAUACCGACCAAAUUGGAUUGGCUUUGCUGAAGAGUGAAAUGGUGAAGGCAGUAAAAUUAUUUCUUACGCCAGAAGAUUUGGAUGAUCCUGUGAAUAGAGCAAAGAAAUAUUUUCUUCAAACUGAGGAUGCUAAAGGCACACUUUCACUGAUGCCUGAAUCCAGAGGCCGGGAGAGAGCCUUGCUGGAGUCACUGCAUCGCUUUGGCCUGACCGAGGAAGGCUGUGUCCAGGCAUGGUUCUCUCUUCCUCAUGGUAUGCGCAUAUUCUACAUCCAUGCUUAUAGCAGCAAAAUUUGGAAUGAGGCAGUAUCUUAUAGACUUGCCACGUAUGGAUCAAGAGUAGUGGAGGGUGAUUUGGUCUGUUUGGAUGAAGAUACUGAUGAUGAGAAUUUCACAAAAGUUCAUCUGGUAACAGAAGAAGAGGAGUCAGCUAAUACAUAUGGAAUACAUCAGGUGGUUCUUCCAGUGCUUGGAUACAAUAAUCAAUUCCCAAAGAACAAAGUUGGGCAGUGGUACCAGGAGGCACUCAUUAGAGAUGGACUGCAGACGUGUAGGUUUAAAGUACCUGCUCUGAAACUUAAUGUUCCAGGAUGCUAUAGGCAGAUUUUGAAACGACCUCAUAACCUCUCAUACCAGCUGAUGGAAGAACAAGAUAUUGAUGUCAGAAAAGGUGAUUCCCACAGCAGUGAAGCACCUUUAUCUCUUUCAGUCUCCUUUGAUCUUGAUGCCUCAUGCUAUGCUACAGUUUGUCUGAGGGAAAUAAUGAAGGAUGACUUUUGAAACUGAUACUCUUGAUAUAAUUGUGUGUGUGUGGCAUCCUUUAAAAGAAAGGAGCUAGAAGUUCUUGAGCAUCUAUCAUGCUGAGAGCUUUAUAAUUGUCACCUCCUUUAAUUAUACAGCAUCCUGGUGAAAUAGAUAUUUGGUGCUAAUGCUCCAGAGGACGUAGAGCAGUGGCAAGUUCUGAACCUAUGACAGACUCCAAAACCUAUGGUCUUUGUAUUCUGUACUAUUUCAGUG